AUGCGCGACAUCAAAAUCGUCCUCCUGGGCGACGCCUCCGUGGGCAAGUCAUCUCUGGUCACCUCGCUAGUGAAAGACUCCUUCUCCCCCCGCGUCCAGCCCGUGGUACCCGAAAUCCUCCUGCCUCUGGAUGUGACGGAUGCGGGCGUCACGACCAGGAUAGUGGACACCGCUUCAAGUCAAAAAGGCACGGGAGGAUCGGAUGGGUCACAAGACCCAGGCUCAUCAAAGGAUGCAGCAACGGGCCAGAGCGGCAAGGAUCGUCGUGCCCACCUCGAAGCCUCUGUUCGCACGGCCGAUGUCCUCUUGCUCGUCUAUGACAUUUCGCGCCCAACGACCUUCGACCGUAUCCCAACCUACUGGCUGCCCUACUUGCGCACCCUUAUUGGCUCGUCAAGGCACGUACCUGUCAUUCUUGUCGGGAACAAGAUUGAUACUCGCAGCGAGGCAGGAGGAGCAAAUGAUCAGCAGCAACUGGAAGAGGAGCUCGCACCCGUCAUGGCAGAGUUCGGCGAGGUGGAGAGCUGUAUUGAGACGAGUGUAAAAGAGGGCGUCAACGUCAGCGAGGUGUUCUAUUAUGCGCAGAAGGCCGUCCUCUACCCUUCCUCGCCCCUCUACGACGGCAAGACGCACUCCCUCAAGCCCUCAUGCAUCGCAGCGCUCAAGCGUAUCUUCCUGCUCUGCGACCACGAUAAGGACUCGCUGCUGAGCGAUGAGGAGCUGCAGGAUUUCCAGCGAAGAUGCUUUGGGAGCCCGUUGAGCCAGCAGGAGUUGGAGGCGAUCAAAGAUCUGGUCGUUGCCACGCCAUAUUAUGGGCCUGGCCCAUCGCGACCAAGGAGUAGCACCGGAGCGUCGAGCAGCUCAAACGGACAUCACGCAGACGCAAGCAGCGCCUCCCACUAUUCGCACCCGAAUCUCUCUCCCUCAGGCCAUCUCACCCUCUCAGGCUGGCUGCAUCUGCACACCCUCUUCAUCCAGCGCGGCCGCCUUGAAACGACUUGGUCCGUCCUUCAUUCCUAUGGGUACAUUGGCCCUCACUUACAGCUAUCUCCCGACUACCUCAACCCGCCCACCUUCCACGUGCCAUCGGAUUGUGCCGUCGAGCUCAGCCCUUACGGCUACUCGUUCCUUACCGACGUCUUUGAGCAACACGACGCUGACAGGGAUGGUGCGCUUUGCACCGCUGAGCUUGAAGCUCUCUUUGCGACAGUGCCUCCGCCAGGGGAGGGGCGCCAUCCUUGGGUUGGGAGCGGGUUCCCCGACAGAACUACCACGACCGACGAAAACGGGGCAGUGACGCUACAAGGGUGGUUGGCGCAGUGGAGCAUGACUACGCUGCUUGACUAUCGGCUCACGUUGAGGUACCUGGCCUACUUGGGGUAUCCCGGGCGAGCGAAGUGGGGAGCCGAAGGUGUCAAGCGGGAUGGAGGCAAACCUGGCCCUCCACCGACGGGCACGGCUCUAAAGCUUACGCGUAGGAACACUCGCAGCUUGUUCUCUUCGGCAUGGAGUAGCUACACCGGAGGCAGUAGUGCAAGCUAUCAAUCGCCACCAUCUCAGAAAAGCGGGUCAGCGGCAGGUGGAGAGCCCGGCUCUUCUAGCAAAAAGACCAAGAAGAAAAAGGGCGACCCCUCGGAGCGUUCCGUCUUUCUUGCCUACGUGCUCGGUGCGCCUGGUGCAGGCAAGUCCUCGCUCCUCAAUGCGGCAUUGGGCAAGCGAUUCGACUCGGAUGAAGGGGUGACCAACGAGGCGCGUAGUGUCGUGUCGGCUGUAGAACCUCACCUCUACUACUCGACCACACACGACGGGCAGCGGGGUCCGCCAUUGGUCGUCGGGUCUACGGGCGGGUAUGAGCGCUACCUUGUGCUGCAGGAGUUCCCCACCGACUCAGCGGCGAAGCAAGGCAAUAAGUCCAGCUCUUCCGACUCCUCCCCUCUCCCGCUCACCGAAUCGAGCGCCGCCCGUCAGGCCCUCAACAGCGCGGAUCUAGUCCUCCUUCUCUACGACAGCAGCGACAGCACAUCGUUCUCCUACCUUUCCAACCUCCGGCAGCGCUACGCUUCCUCACUUGGGAGCUGCCCGACACUCUUCGUCGCAACAAAGGCGGAUCAAGAGACUGCGCAGCAGCGCCAUGAAGUUCAGCCCGAGGUGUACGUGCGCAGGUUAGGCGUCGAGAGAUGGAGCCCUGUCUGGAUUUGUGUCGGUGGGAAUGCGGGGACAGGGGUGGCUGGGAGUACAGUCGGAGGCAUGCUUGGAGACAGUAUAGAGCUGGGUGCGAGUGCGUCGAGCGCUUCAAUUGCGCCUACUGGAAAUCCAGCGGCUACGACCACCUCGAUCACCCAGCUCCUCGCCGUCGCUUGCGCUAUCGCGCAAGAUCCGAGAGGAAAUGCAGCUGUCCCAGGACUGAAGGCUGCUCAUGACCGUCGAGGGGCGGGACGUGGCUGGGGCUCCUGGCUUGCGGGACUUGUAGGGCUAGGCGGGACGGGCUCGUCGAGUGAAGGAGAAAAGGGCGGUCUCGACGCCGAGGACGGAGAUGACGGUUCGGGUGAUGAGGAUGAUGACGCCUCUUCGCAGGGCGAGGAAUCACCCGAAUCCCUCUCCUCAUCAGCCACCUCCUCAGGCGUGGCGGGCAAGCUCUCGACAGGCGGCAACAGAAGGCGUAGUCGCCGUAGCUCGCAGCAAGGUUCAAAACCAAGCAGUAGCGGUCGAAGGAAGAGCGCAAAGCAUCAGCAGCGCGCAGCAGCGGUGAUGGAGAUGCAAAGACAGCGUCGUCGUCGUGCCCUGCUUGUGGCCUUUGGCAUCGUCAUCGUAGGCGGAGGGGCUGCUGCGGUUGCUUUAGGGCUUUUCGAUCUCGCGGGACCGACAUCGGCGUCAAGAGCGUCGACAGCGAGCAGGCGAGGCGGGGCAUCCGGUCGAUCAGGAGAUGUAAUGUCUGCACCUCGUCGCUGGGCUGCUACGGCGAGCGGAUGGGCACAGACUGCGGGAAGGGCGUUGGCGUGGUCUCAAUGAUUUCCUCCGCGGAAUGAAGUGAGAUCAUUAGAAGCAUCAUUAUUGUUCAUCUCUCUCUCUCUUCCUACAGUAUAUGUACGUUUCCGCGCGAAUCACUCAAUCCCCACCCACUUCACAGGAGGCAACCUGACCACCCUCAGCACGC